CCCCUUUCUCUUUUAAGCUGAAAGAAAACGCCAUUUCAUCCUCCUCUUUUUCUCUGAGCUGAGGAGUCUCUCCAAGAAUCUAUUUCUGAUUUUUUCAACCCUUUACUGAAAUUAGGGUUUCGUUCGAUUUCGCUGCGUGGACUCGGAAAAAGGGGAAAAUGGCCGAAGAAGCUUCGAUUGAGCUGAAGGAGGAUGUUGCAGAUCUUGCCCCAUUCGAUCCUACAAAGAAGAAGAAAAAGAAGAAGGUUGUCAGUCAAGAAACUGCUGAUGAUCCUGUGGAUAAACUAGCUGAAAAAACAGAGAGCUUGUCAGUUGCUGAUGGGCUUGAAUCUUCUUUUGCUGGCUUGAAGAAGAAGAAGAAGAAACCGGUGGAGACUGACUUCAUGAACGAGGAGAAUGGGGAGGGUGGAGAGGAUCUUGAUGACCAUAUAGGAGAGGAAGAGGAAGCAGAGGGCAUUGUCCUGCAAAGUCGAUAUCCUUGGGAAGGCAGUGAUCGGGAUUAUAAGUAUGAAGAGCUCCUAGAUAGAGUGUUCAAUAUCUUGCGUGAGAAUAAUCCAGAGCUAGCAGGAGAUAGGCGCAGGACAGUGAUGAGGCCACCACAGGUUCUCCGGGAAGGCACAAAAAAGACAGUCUUUGUGAACUUUAUGGAUCUUUGCAAGACGAUGCAUAGGCAGCCGGAGCAUGUUAUGACUUUCUUACUUGCUGAAAUGGGAACGAGCGGAUCUCUUGAUGGGCAGCAAAGAUUGGUUGUUAAGGGAAGGUUUGCUCCUAAAAAUUUUGAGGGGAUACUUCGAAGAUACGUCAAUGAAUACGUCAUAUGCAAUGGCUGCAAAAGUCCAGACACCAUACUCUCAAAGGAGAACCGUCUAUUCUUUCUCCGAUGCGAGCAGUGUGGUUGCUCACGGUCUGUUGCACCCAUCAAGGCUGGUUUUGUGGCUCGUGUCGGACGUCGCAAGGCCGGUACAUGAUCCCAUUGUGCCUUCUAUUACUCUCUCUCUGUUACAAUACAUAGCAUCAAUGAUAAGUUUAAACUAAUUAUUGUCGUAUGCUGGCCUUUUGGAUUUGAGUGGACCAAUUUUGUUUGAGAUGUCAAUGUAAGCAUAUUUGCGAUUUUCUAUGCAUUUGGUAAUCUUAUAUUAAGAGUGAAUUCAUUCCGGAUUCAGAUUUGAA